AGAAGGGCGUCGGUGCCGCCCCUGCCGCGCCUCUAUAAAAGCAAAGUGCAGAGUCACCAGCAGCGGCAGGGCGCGCAAAGCACUUGUUGCCAGGCGGCGGAGAGGGCGAUUAGCGCCGCGCCUUCGCCUCUCUGCCCGCCGGUCCAAAGGCGCAGCCAGCCCGACGGAGGGGGCGACGGCGAAGCAGCAAGCCAGCCCGGAGGCUCGCUCGGGGGCUGGAGCCCAGGAAGCCCCUCGAGGGCUUCAAGAGUAGGGGCGCCUUCCUCUCCAAGCGCGCGCCCCUCUCCAAGCGCGCCGCCUCCCGCUUCGCCAUGGGGCGCUACACGGGCCAGACGUGCCGCCUGAUCUUCAUGCUGGUGCUGACGGCGGGCUUCUUCGUGGCCGAGAUGGUGUCGGGCUACGUGGGCAACUCCAUCGCGCUGGUGUCCGACUCCUUCAACAUGCUCUCCGACCUGAUCGCGCUCUGCGUGGGCCUCUCCACCGGGCGCAUCUCCCGCCGCCGCCGGCGCCGCAGCCCCGACGCCUCCUUCGGCUACGGCCGCGCCGAGGUGGUGGGCGCCCUCUGCAACGCCGUCUUCCUGGCCGCGCUCUCCUUCACCAUCCUCGUGGAGGCCCUGCAGCGCCUGGCCAGCCCCCAGGCCAUCCGCGACGCCGAGCUCAUCCUCAUCGUGGGCGCGCUCGGCCUCGCCGUCAACCUCGUGGGGCUCCUCGUCUUCCAGGACUGGGCCUCCUGCUGGCCCGCCUGCCUGAGACGCGGCCCGCCGGCGAAGGCCACGCCAGAGCCCAGCCUCGACGGAGACCCCGAGCCCGGCUCCGCCGCCGCCGCCCCCGAGGGCACCCUGCCAGCGGCCCUCGACCUGGAGACUGGCAGCGUGGACGGAGCAGGUGACACCAUAAAUACCCAGAAUAAGCCUGAAGAUGAGGUGAUACAGAAAAAAGAGAAAAAAUCCGAAGCUUUGAAUAUCAGAGGUGUUCUUUUGCAUGUGAUGGGGGAUGCUCUUGGCUCAGUUAUCGUUGUAGUGGCUGCUUCCAUAUUCUAUGCACUUCCUCUGGACGAGAAAACUCCAUGCAACUGGGAGUGCUACAUUGAUCCAAGCCUGACCAUAAUUAUGGUGAUCAUCAUACUCUCGUCAGCCUUCCCGCUUAUCAAGGAGACGGCAACAAUCUUACUGCAGAUGGUUCCCAAGAGUGUUAAUAUGCAGUUGCUGACAAACAAGCUGCUUGAAGUGCCCGGCAUUACUAGCAUUCAUGAGGUGCACGUCUGGGAGAUGGUCAGUGGGAAGAACAUUGCCACCCUCCACGUCAAAUGCCACACCAGUUCCGAUUACCAAGACGCUUCGCAGAAGAUGAGGGAGUUGUUCCAUGAAGCAGGGGUCCACUCAGUCACCAUCCAGCCAGAGUACACCGACCAGAAGAACCCUGAAGUCCUGUGCAGCACUCCGUGCAUCUCCAGAGCUUGCGACCCGCAGCUGUGCUGCAGCCAGCAGGAAGCGGCCCUGGCUGAGGUCAACGGCUACAACGAGAAGAAGAGCAGCCUGUCUCCCUCUCUGCACAAAGUCUUCCACAGGAAAGACGUGGUGGAGAUUCCCAAGGAACCCACGUGGGCCGAGGAGCCCAUCAAAAAGCACAGCUGCUCAAAGGACAGUUACAAAGAAGCAGGCGAUGACAAGCCCUAUAUAAACAGCACACAAUUCUAGGCAGCUUGGGCUCGCGCUUGGCGACUGCUGUUCAUCUAGGGCAAAGUUAUCCUUGGCAAUGCCCCCUUGGCUAAAAAGCUUGCCACAGGCCUGGGGAGUGGCAUUUGACAGCUGGGUGUCCAAUGCAUAGCAUAAGACGGCAUCUAGAGCAGGUGUUCUUGGCUUGUAUCUAAAGGUCUAGCUGUGCAGGUAGAAGGCCCUUCUAUCCAUGCAGCCACUGGUACCUUCAGCCCUGCAAUGCUGAAAUGAGGGACAUCCCAGGAAACAGAAGUGCCUUUUAGCCAUCCCUUGUCUUCAAGGAGUGUUUCUGGCAUUUGCCAAAUAUGCCCAGUGCCAUUUUGACACUUAAUUCCUUUUCCUCCAGGGGUAAAUACCUUACGGCUGAGCACACUGGUUUUUUAACUCUGCCUUUACCGAAAUGUGGUGCUCGUUGCAGGUCUCUUAGUUCCCUUUGAUUGGGCUGCCCCAGAGCACCAUUAUGAAGGAAUGAGAGUAGGUGGUAGUUUCAUUAGUCUUGUUUUCAAAUGCCUCUUGUUUACUUGAAAUUAGAAGUGGGAUUUCUGGAAAAGUGGGGUGGAGGGCACCAAGUGGGGGAAAGGCUGGCCUAAGGGAUUGUUAGGCAGGUUCACCUGAACGCUGGCAAUGAACUAUGGUUAUAAUUCACCAAAGUAUUGCUGCUCUGUAUUAUCAGUUGAAAGCAGUGUUGAAACAAAUGAUUAUCUCUCCUGCCUGUGUAUUUUCCUGCCAUUUCAGUGAAUGAAUGUAUGGAUUUUUGUAGCAUGAGUUGAGACUGUUGUGUUUUAGUUUGUGUCCAUCUGUAAUAUUGAUUUGAUUUUUUUGUAUACAGGUUAUAUAUUUAUAUUCCCCCCAAUCAUAUCUUAAAUAGCAUAACUUCUUAACCGUACUCUGCAUAUUUCCAAAAUAACAAACAUAUUUUGUUUGAGGGGUGAUGGUCAGUGUCGUUCCUAUUUCCAAAAUGUCCGCCGCAAAUAAACAUGUAAUAUAUCUUACUUGGAAAUAUAGAUCAUGUUCCUACUCAUUUUUCCCCCUUUAAGAAAUGGGCACCUCUUGCAAAUGUGUCUGUGUGCAAGUGAGAGGUUUCACCAGCUUCAAAUAUCCAUGUCAGUGAGUUAACACCAGGGAAUAUAGAAAUCGUCAGGAUACAUGUUUGCCAAAGAAUGUCUGUGGCAGCUUGAUACAAUCCUUCCAAGACAACUCUCAGGAGAAGCAAGGGUUUUGACUAUUAAACUGCUCUAACUUUUGCAGAUCAGGAAGAGUCGUCGAGAUUCCCCCCUUGCCAAAAAAAUCAAAUUUGUUGUUCCUUCCUAUAGUUUCUAUAAACAUGCAAUUGCAUGUGCUGCUUUGCUCCUAGAGCGGCUCCUAGCACUUAACCUGUUGUUGUUUUCACCCAUGGGUUUUUGUUCUGCAAAACCAUUAUCCAAGUCUUAUUUUUCAAAACACGAUAUACUGGUCAGCCCUGGGCCUGUCCUCAGGUUCAGUUCCUGGCAUCUCCAAGUAGGACUUGGGAAAGGUUCUUGUCUCUAACCUUAGAGAGCCUUACCAGCCAAUACUGAGGUGGAUAGACCAAUGGUCUGUUUGGAAUAAGGCAGUUUCCUGUGUUCCACUUCCUACUCAUCGUCUCAAAAUUUUCUUCAGCUUUGAAAGAAGUGGGUGGAUUGUCCAUCCUCAUUUAUAGAUUGUUUUGAUCCAUGACCUCUUAUUUUUUGCUUUAAGCACAUUCCUGCCUAUGUAAGGAUUUCAUUCUGACAUGAUGGAAGCCACAGGGUCAUUGCUAUACACUUACAAAUGUGUGGUAUAAAUUAUAAUAGAACAUUGUCCCCCCCCCCAGGGGGGAUUCUAAGUGAACUGGCCAGCUUCCUGGUAUGAUAAAAAAUCGCAAUAAAGCCCUCUAAACUCUAAAUUUUGCCACAUCCUGAAAUUUUCACACACAUAUCGGGUAGCACAUUUCAGUAAGAUUUAGUUCUCUUUGCGGGCUUUGGUAUGGCCAUGAUACCUUAUGAUUAUGAUGAGGUGACUGAGUCCUUGAUUCUUAAUGUUGAGAUGCAUGGAUUGAAAGCUGCAUGAAUCUUAACCAAAGUAUUCUAAAGAUUUCUAUAGUUUGUGCCAAAUAUGGCCUCAAUCCAAGCACUUCAUUCGGGGAUGGUUGCUGACAUUUAAAAAAUCAUAUUCACAGGUAAUGAACUGCCAAAAAAAGUGGUUGUGUAUCAUCUUUUGAAUGUGCUCUCUUCACUAUAUGAAGGUUUAUGUUAUAACUUCUUGUGAAGUUACCUCCUGCCUGUAUAAUAUAUGGACUCUCUGGAAUAUAAUUCUGUUUGGAACAAUAAUGUUUUACCUGACACAGCUAAUUCUGCAUCUAAUUAAAAACCUUGGCUUGUAUAUAUGCUUUUGUGAACAAAACACUGGUGCAAACUUUCUCCACAUGCCUUGUGAAUUUUAUAUGUUGAAGAAGAAAAAGUUGGAUGCUGUAAAUAAAGUGUUUUUUUAAGUAAACACCUUGUGUCUACGAAAAAUAAAAUCUUUCAAGGCCUUA